AUGUCUUCCCCUGAUCUCAACUUUUGUGGGCGUCACCUGGAAGUAGUCACUCUGGGCGGGAUAACCGGAACAACAAGAUGGCGGAGAGUGAAGAGUUUCGGCAGGAGUCCUUCCUGUAGGAGAGACCUCAGCGUGUUGACAGGAGAAACAGCCGCGUGGGACCACACCAACAGCAGCAUGAACCUCCAGCAGCCGGCACCUCUCGUCCCCCCCGUUCACCCUGAUGUGCAAAUGAAGCCCCUCCCCUUCUAUGAUGUGCUGGACAUCCUCAUCAAGCCUUCGAGUCUAGGAGCGAGUCCUGCACAGAGGUACCACCAAGAGAAAUACUUCAUCUUUGCCCUGACACCACAACAAGUUCGUGAAGUGUGCAUAUCCAGGGAUUUUCUACCAGGGGGAAGACGAGACUAUAUGGUUCAGAUUCAACUGAGGUUUUGCUUAUCAGAGACGAGUUGCCCUCAAGAGGACAACUACCCAAACAGUCUUUGUAUAAAGGUCAAUGGGAAACUUUUCCCUCUGCCAGGUUAUGCACCACCACCAAAAAACGGUGUGGAACAGAAGAGACCGGGAAGACCUCUCAACAUCACCUCUCUUGUCCGCCUCUCCUCCGCCGUACCCAAUCAGAUUUCAGUGACAUGGGCACCUGAAAUUGGAAAAACGUACUCCAUGUCUGUGUACCUGGUGAGGCAGCUGACAUCCCCACUGCUCCUGCAGAGGCUGAGGAUGAAGGGCAUCAGAAACCCAGACCACUCCAGAGCACUGAUUAAAGAGAAGCUGACAGCAGAUCCAGACAGUGAGAUUGCUACAACGAGCCUUCGAGUCUCACUCAUGUGCCCGCUGGGUAAGAUGCGCCUGACGGUGCCGUGCCGGGCGGUGACCUGCUCCCACCUGCAGUGCUUUGACGCGGCCCUGUACCUACAGAUGAAUGAGAAGAAACCCACCUGGAUCUGUCCUGUGUGUGACAAGAAGGCUGCGUACGAGAAUCUCAUCAUCGACGGUCUAUUCCUGGAGAUCCUGAACGACUGCUCCGAUGUGGAUGAAAUCAAGUUCCAGGAGGACGGAACCUGGUGUCCCAUGAGACCCAAAAAAGAAGCCGUCAAAGUUCCCUCACAGUCGAUUUCAAAAGUGGACACGUCAGCUCCUUCGCGCCAGUCUGCAGUGGUCCCCCACUCCACUGAGCCCAGCACCACCAAGAAGGCAGAUGUGAUCGAUCUGACUCUGGAAAGCUCGUCCUCCUCUUCCUCUGAUGAAGAGGACUCGGACCCUCCCCUGAAGAAACGCUGCAUUUACAUUUCCAAGACUGAGGAGAUGCAUCCGAAGGGAGUGUUGACCUACCAGCCCACUGUGCGCGUGCCAAAUGUCCAGGCCCUGGACCCGUCCUACCUGAGCUCCACGCUGGCUGACUAUACAGUCCCCUUCCACCCCUCCACCCUGGCCUCCAUCCCCACUGACAUGCAGAGUCUGGAUCUGUUUUCCUUAAUCCAAGCAGAUCCUCAGCAUUAUCGGCCGCAGAUGUUCCUGGACAACCUGGCCAGCAGCAUGCAGAGUGCAGCCAGCACCUCCUCCGCCCUGGUGUCCUCCUCCAGCAGCCACUACGACACCAGCUCCCACGCUGCCAGCUCCCUCCACGAGACCCGGGUCAUCACUGGAGGAGGGGGGGGCGCCGGAGGGGGGGCUGACAGCGGCAUUUCAGAUAUCAUUUCACUAGACUGAGCCACGUCUCACUGGACCUCUCCAGGCCUGUUUUCUGUGGCCUUCUCAGUGUGCACUACGCGAACAUGCCAUGUAGAAUUUUCCACAGAAGCACCCAAAUUGGUAUACAUGAGCACUUUGAUGAUCUGAGCAUUUUAACGGUGUAAAAAACGGUAUCCAGGCAUGUUCCUUUUUGCCAUUGGGGUUCUUCAAAAGGGUUUUGCACACACGAUGAUACAUAAUUUGAUGGCCAAAGACAACAUUGUGAGUCAGUGUAUUGCCAUCUCUCUUGACCAAGUACUCAUCUCUUGGUAGCUGUGGUUCAGGAGGCAGUGAUCAACCCCCCCCCCCCGCCUGCAAACAACAAGAACUGUCAUCUGGCAAGAUAGUGAGCCCCAUAUUGCCAACGAUAGCAUGGCCAACAGUGUGUGAGUCUGUGUGCACGAAUAUUUAUCACUCCUGAUGAGCAGGUGGCACCUUGGAUGGCAGCCCUCUGCCUCUGUAUGAAUGUGUGUAAAUGGGUGCUGACGUGUUGUAAAAGCGCUUUGAGUGGUCCCAGAGACUGGAAGAUCCGUAUACAGCAGUGGAAGAAAUUAAGAAACCACUUCUCAAUCUCUACAUGUAUGGCAGCCGUUCCAGUCUAGUGUCCGUUGAAGUCCAACACAGAUAAAUGUGGUCAGUAGCUUAUAGAACAAAACAAAAACUCAAACACAUACCUAUAAAAAGUCAAACCAGAGGUAUUGAUAAUGCUGCAGUGGUAUCUUGUUUUUUUCCAGAGCUGUACAUGCAGUUCAUUUAUUAGACUUUAGGAAAUAUUCUCAUGUGCUCUUUAACCUCACAUGCUCACAUUUCAAACUGAAUGAUACAUUUGAUCAUGCAUCAUCAUUAUGAACUGAACAUCUAGUCUUUUGGCCAUCCUUAUUUUCUUAUUUAUGUGAAUAAAAGAUUUUUUUCCGGCAGAUUGAUAAAUAUCUGUAAUUAUUGGAUAUUUUUAGAACAUUGAAAUCUUCAUUUAUACCAAUUUGUUGACUUAGAAAAUACAUGAUGAAGUGAGCCUAUAGUGACCUGGUUGAUCUGCACUGUGCCUCAACAUGGAACAGAGGCGGGCCGGAUGGAAGGAGAGCUUGGACUCGUUGCUCAACUUGUUUCAAACAUCCAUGCUGGUGAAUGAAUUGUUAGAAGCAGGAUGAAAAAUACUUAUGGACUGCUGAACAGACUGCUGACUGUAAACAUAAAAGGCAGGUCGGUUAUUCAAAUGUUUUUUUUUAUCGGUUCUACCAGCUGUUACAGAGCAGCCUUCAACGUUAAAUUGUUCCUUUGUAAUUUAGUCAGAGCAAUAAUAAUUGAAUUAGCAUUAGGUAAACAAAGUUGUAAAUGUAGUUCAGAUACUCAGUAAAUGAUUCCAGUUGGUUUCCACUCUGCCUCCCGAAUCCAUCCCCUCACUUUGUGUGCGGUCAAGUUAUUGGCCCAGUUGCUAAAAAAUGUUUGCCGAUCCAAAUACACUCUUUUGCCUUCUUUCAGAGAUUGAAAUGAUCAGAUGGAUAUCAAUACCAUCUGUCUAAGUACAGAGCAGGAGUCAGGGCGUGGCUAAACUAGCUUAGCAUGACUGGAAGCGGAGCGAAACAGCUAGCUUGGUCUGGAGCUCAAUACUUGGCUAUCCUUACCUCUCUAAAGAUCACAGAUAAACAUGCUCUGUCCCAUUUCUUUUCUUCUGACACAAACAGAAAUGUAUGAACCCUGAAGUCUUAUUUCACGGGGCAUUAUGUGCUGCCCCAGGCUAGCUGUUUCCAGUCCUUAAGGUAAGCUAGGCUAACCAGGUCUGGACUCCAGCUCUGUGCUUUAAACAGGCAUGAGAACCUUUCAUCUAAGUCUCAGAAAGAAAGACAAGUGUAUUUCCCAAAAUAUUAAACAUUCAUUCCAAUUUUCUCACAAAUCAUCAUUGUGAGACGUUUUUUUGGAGUUCGACUUAAUGUGGAUAAUAGAGUUUUGUUGCAAAACAUCCCAAAAAGUUAGGUUAAUACUGCCGUAUCUUCUUCUCUUCAGUCACUCUGUAAAUGUUCUGAGCUGCAUCUGUUCAGAUUGUAUUGUAUGCUGAUGAUGCUGUGUUGUUGGACAGGGAUGGAUGGAUUGAACAUUACCUUCGCUAAGUCUCAACACCUACUACAUAUAGGCCACUUUCUCACAUCAUGCAGUAAACAGGGCAGCUACUGAACUCUACACUCCUACUUUAUCAGGAUGGCUUGCUGUGCAUGUGGACUCCAAGCCAUCAGGAGCUCAAUCUCAGGGACCUGCUCUCCACUUUUAUGAGUGAAAAGAUACUGGCAUAUAGAAACAACACUGUCAGUAUCUGGAAGUGAAAUACAGAUGAUGAUGAGACUAAUGAAGUUUAUUUUUAGGUCUGUGUAUUUGUUUUAUUCAUGUUGGCAAUUUAAAAGCUGUGAUAAAGAUCAGUUCACCCAAACUACACAAAGAAAUCCCACUUAGCUCGAUGGUAUCCACUCUCGAGAUCUGACAAUACAUCUCUAUAGGGACAAAUAACCAAUACGUCUGGGGAUUUACGAGGCAUUGUGGGCUGCCCCAAGCUAGCUGUUUCCAGUUGUUAUGCUAAGCUAGGCUAACCAGGUCUGGACUCCAGCUCUCUGUUUCCCAAAAUGGUAAACUGUUCCUUAAAAUGGUUUGUUCUUCUUCUCCACUAGGAGGCAAUAGGAGGUUCAAGGAGUCUUUAACGGAACUUUCAGAAACUGUGAAACUAUGAUAUCUACGUCUUCAUUCAUUGGAUUGUGAUGGAGGCAAAGAUAUCUCAAAACCUGGAACAAUAAAAUGCACUCUCUGCAUGGAGAGAUACCACUGGUGACAGACGAGAUGUCUUUGUCAUUUUGGGAAACCACAGUUGAAAAAAGUCCAGAUUCAAACAUGGCCUUUAUACUCACACAGAAGGGUGGGAAGGGUUUAAGUUCUCUGUUUUAUGAAAUGACUGAUAAUACUUUUGAAAAGUUAACUGGCAGAUGUUGGUCAUGUGGAUUUGUAUUGUGUACCCUUCAUUCUUUAUGGGCUUUGAAACACAAUCCAGAUCAUUUUUCCUUUGACCCCAUGUUAACGAAGUACUCUUUGCUUCAGAUUUAGGUUCAUUACAGGAUGAUUUAUUACAAAAUUGUCUUUGUUUUCCUGUAUUGUAAACUUGACAUGUGUUGGUGUUUUUGUAUAAUAAAAAAUUACUUUUUUUGAAUCA